AUGAUUACGCCGGAGUUCGGGACACCGACAUCUUUUGAUGAUGUCGAUCGAGCGGUAUCUAUUCCACCCCAAAAAUUACAGAACUCGAAGGUAGUAGUGCUUGGAGCGAAAAAGCUUGAAACAGGGAAAGAAGUUCGUGUUGUGCUACCGGAAGAUAAAUACCUUGGACGUCUUCAAGAAAUUAUUGUGAAAGAUUAUUUCCCUGAAUUGCCAAAAUUGAAAGCUCAGAAGGAGUAUUUGGACGCAGUUGCCGCUAAUGAUUUAACGAAGAUUCGUGAGUUACAGUUGCGUUAUAGUACAAAGCGUACUAUUCGGCGUACCUCACCUACGAAUACAGUUGACAGUCCAAGUGUAUUUGACCCUAACACGCCUGCACCCAGCUCCUCUUAUACUGAAUCGAGAGUUGGAAAAAGUGAUGAAGGAAGCUCUACAAAGAAGAAAAAGCCGCAUGAAAAUCUUACGGUUGAUACUUACUUGAAUAAAUUCACCUCUGAGGAUAAUGCAUCAUUCGAAGAGCUUGCAUUGUUACAUAAGAAAAAGGAACAAAUCCGUAACGCAUGGAUGUAUGAAGCCGAAAAGAAACAUAACGAAGAAUUCGUUACCCGAGGGAAUAAACUGGUGAAGGCUGCUGAUGAACAAAUCAUAAUCUCUUUAGCUCCUAGAGCCAUUGAAGAAAAGCCUAAAGAGCUUGAUAACUGGUCUUACAAAGCGCGUAAUAUUGUACAUUUUCAUCCUGAAGAGGCACCGUUAACACUGGAUGAGCACCUUCAAAGGCAAAAAGCAAAUCAAAGAAUCAUAAACAAAAGUGCCACUCGUUUUUCAGAGGAAGUCAACAAGGAGAAAAAACAGAUCACUGCAGUUAAGGGAGUGCUGCAGCAAGCAGCAGUGAAUACAGGGAAAGUGGACAUAACAGGUCAUGAGACGGGUUUUACUAAAGCUGGUGUAAUGGAACUGGUUGCUACUCCAUCACCAUCUCCAGGCGUCGACGAAUCACCGUUUAUGACGUGGGGUGAAAUCGAGGGAACACCAUUUCGACUUGAUGCUUCAGAUAUGGCUGCUCCAACUUCAGCUCCUGCUUUUAAGGCAAAUCAUUUAAAUUCGUUAUUAUUGAUUCCUGAAGUACCCAUUCGAGAAAAGAUAGCUCAAAGUAUAGCUGAAACGAUUGCUAAACGUUAUCAUGACAAACGGAAAGUGGCUAUGCGACAAGUGGAGAAACAUCAUGCCAAAACACCCAGCUUUGGCUCUAUUCGCACUUCUGAAAAGCUUACUGCGAUGUCUCCUGCUGCAAGACGUCUUGCAGCAAAUGGGCUUGGAAUUCGAUUGAGUUCAAAUAGGGAGCUAAAAAUCGAUUUCAGUUGUACACCUUUACGGUCAGGGACAUCGCAUUCUACGUGUUCAACUCCAGAUUCAUCAUGGCUGUUAAGGAAAACACCAAAAAGAAGUGUAGAAGACAUCGCUCAUACAGAUGCCAACUCAUCCAUAACCGAUAACUUGCUCAGUUUCGGACAAUCAAGUACUACUGUGAAAAAAACUCGACCAUCUGCAGCAGAUUUUUUCUAA